AUGGCCAUUGCCCCUUUUUCUGCUCCUUUUGGCUAUUCUGGCGGGACGCUGCAUCCAAAACGAGCCAGGAGCGAGCCUGUCAAGUCUAUUCCAGGUGUUGACUGGGAUCAGCAGCUGGAAAAGGUGCAGGAUCUGCUGAAAGACUCCAAGGUGACAGGCGUGCAGACAGAAACAGGCGACAGGGCUUUAAACAAAUACACGGUCGAACAGGUGCCGGGGCGAGCGAGAAGUAACGAGAAGUUUGGACCGACAGAAAUGCUUAAAUUCGCAGUGCAGUCUCUCUUAUUUGCGAUCAGCCCGGUGGCAGUCUCUGCUGGCAUCGUCCUCUACAUCACCGUGCUUUGCAAAGAGCAGAGAGAGCUUUUCGAUGAGAAAUUCAAGAGAACAAGUGAUGCGGAAGCGCUGGCGCAGCAGGCCCAUCUCUGGAGCUCGAGAUUGCUGAAUCCGGAAAACCAGAAUGAUUGCAAAAUUCUGGCCCACAAGCAAAAGGUUGUCGAUCAGAUGCAGGCCGACAGGAAGAAUGCUCAGACAAACGGGAAGCAGAAGCAGAAAGCCAAGACCAAGAAGGAGGUGAACAAUGCGCCGAAGCUCUAUAUUCAUUGGUGGUACAAUCGCGAGACUGGCGAGACGGAAGCCUGGGUUGCCGGGCCCCAGCCGCACAUAUUUUUGAGCCAGAUGGACAUGAACAGAAACAGCUUGGACUUCAAGCUCUUGUCCGCAGUGCUGUUCCUUUGCAGCCCGUUCCAGCUUCAGAAUCAUUGCAUUGUCACCGACACAAAGCUGGAAGCCAAUGCGAAAGUCAAGGAAUUCUCCGACGAACGCAACACAACGUGGAAGUUCGAUGUCGAUUCCAUGAAAUUCCAAGAUAUCACAGCUGCCAAGAGACCCCCGUUUGUUUUUCUCGCAACGCCUGAGCACUCGCCUUUGGCCCAACCGAUGAAGGUGAAGUUUGCCGAUGCCGUUGCUGUCCCAGCCGUGUGGAGCUUGGCUGGAGCAGCCGGUCUACCUGGAGCUGGGCCGGGGUGCACGAGUCCUGAUGCGGAGCCUCUGCAGGCAGCGCUGGAAAGCGCCAGCCCCGUGUGUUCUGAGGCAGCUGGUUCUAGCAGGGACUUGCUCCCAACAGCGGGCGAGAACAAGGUCCAGAUACGCGCAAAGAUUGAGGGGCGUACCUAUCCGCUGAGCUUCCAGCGAGGCCAAGAGGUGAAGGACGCCAACCUCAAACUGCUCGAAAGCACGCUGCAGGAGACGGGAGGUUAUUGGUGGAAUGAGGCUAGCGACCUGUCGUUCGUGAAGGACAAUUUGAAGGAGAUCAUGGACCAGGCCGAAGCAUCCCGCGAGACGCCUUAUGUGGUGAUAUGGAAGCCGGGCAGGAAACGGCGCAGUGACGCUGGCUGCUUUGGAGAUGUUUGGAGGUGUCUAGUGUCAAGGCUCCAUUGCAUCCACCCCUCAGGUCUCACACCACGGAUAUCGAGCACCUAG